AUGAAGCUCCCGUCGUGGCUCACCGCCGUGCCGCCGGACCCUCGCGUCUACGGCAACCUCAUUCAGCUCUGCGCCGACUCCGGCCACCUCGCCGCCGGCCGGCAGCUCCACGCCCGCCUCGUCACCCUCUCCGUGAUCCCCUCCAACUUCCUCGCAUCCAAGCUCAUCUCCCUCUACUCCAGGACCGGACGCCUGCACGACGCCCGCAGGGUGUUCGACGCCAUCCCCCAGCCCAGCCUCUUCGCCUGGAACGCCAUCCUCAUCGCGCUCUCCCUCCACUCGCCCGAUCCCUCCGCGGCGCUGCGCCUCUUCGCGGGCUCCGGCGUAUCCCCCGACGAGGUCACAGUCUCCGCGCUCCUCAAGUCGCUCGCCGCAUCCGGUCCGGGCCUAUCCCCGCUCGUCGCCGGGGAGCUCCACGCCCUCGCGUUCCUGCGUGGGCUCGGUGCAGACCAGUUCGUGUCCAAUGGGCUCAUCACCGCUUACGCCAACGCUGGGGACAUGCGUGCUGCUCGGGUGGUGUUUGAUGAAAUGCCACAUAGGGAUGUCGUGUCCUGGAACUCGCUUAUAUCCGUGUACAGUCGUGGAGGCUGGUACCGGGAGUGUCUGGAGUUGUUCCAUGGGUUGGUGCAGGCUCGUGCUGGUGGCGGCGUUCAGCCAAACAGCGUCACGGUGACAAGCGCGCUGCAUGCUUGUGCCCAGCUCAAGGCCUUUGAUUUCGGGGUUGACGUGCUGCGGAUUGCUAAUGAGAUCAGGCUUGAUAUGGACCUUGCAGCGUGGAACUCGGUAGUAGGGUUUUACGCCAAAUGUGGGCGGUUGCAGCAUGCACGGCAGUUGCUUGAAAGGAUGCCUAAGAAAGAUGCAGUCAGCUACAGCGCGAUGAUUACCGGUUACAUGAACAGUGGGCAUGUCGAUGAGGGAAUGGAUCUUUUCCGGCAAGCAGAUGCUAAAGGCAUCAACACUUGGAAUGCAUUGAUUUCUGGAUUGAUUCAAAAUGGAAGACAAUCUGAUGUUCUCGGAUUGCUGCAUGAGAUGAUGGGUGCUAGCAUACUCCCAAAUGCAGCCACACUCUCGAUCAUCAUGCCUUCACUUCCGCUGUUCUCAACGCUACUGGGAGCAAAGCAAGCUCAUGGUUAUGUGAUCAGAAAUGAUUAUGAUCAGAGCAACCAUGUUGUGAGUGCACUGAUCGAGAAUUACUCAAAAGCUGGAUUUCUUGAUAUAGCCAGGAAGGUGUUUGAAUUGAAUGAGAACAGAACUACGUUUGCCUGGACAUCGAUCAUAUCGGCUGUAGCAGCUCAUGGAGAUGUUACAGAAGCUUUGGCCCUGUUCAAUCAGAUGGUCAGUGCGGGCACUAGACCUGAUAGUGUAACUUUCACUGUUGUGCUUAAUGCAUGUGCUCAUGCAGGUAUGGUAGCCGAAGCUCGUGAACUUUUUCACUCCAUGCAAGCUGUGUUUGGCAUCAGUCCGGUGAUGGAGCAGUACGCUUGCAUGGUUUCUGUGCUCAGCCGUGCUGGUAUGCUUAAGGAUGCGCUUGAGCUUGUAAACAAGAUUCCUUUUGAGCCAAAUGCAAAGGUCUGGGGUGCAUUGUUUAGUGGAGCAGCAGCAGCUGGUGAUGUUGAGCUUGGUCGGUUUGUGUUUGAUCGGCUGUUCAUAAUUGAACCUAAGAACACAGGUAACUACGUUGUGAUGGCUAAUCUGUACUCAAAUGCUGGCAAAUGGGAAGAAGCUGAAAUUAUAAGGAGCAUGCUGUGGGGAGUUGGAUUGGAAAAAGUUCCUGGGUGUAGCUGGAACUGAAGGGAUCUACGGUCUGCUAGUAUUAGUUGCUGCAGAUACAUUGUUAGCAAAGCGGACAGCAUAAACUUAAAUUCAGUUGUUGGUAGAUUAAUUGGGUUGAGUUUAUAUACAAGAGCCUGGUAUCAACCUAGCAGUCUAAUGAAGACAAUUUAUAGUGAUAACGUUCAACAGAUCUAACAGUUGAGGUGUGAUUAUCAAGCUUGAUAGCACAGCAGCCUUUUGGAGUUACCUGACUACAGCAGUCUGCACCCAAUUGUCAAUCAUAUGUUCUGGUGAGAUUUUGUUUCGUCAUCUCCGUUCUGGAUUUAUGUGAUGAUGGGUGUUAGUAUACUCCCAAAUGCACCUACACUCUCGAUCAUAGUGCCUUCAGUUCUGCUGUUCUCAACACUACUGGGAGCAAAGCAAGCUCAUGGUUAUGAUCAGAAAUGAUUAUGAUUAGAGCAACAAUGUCACGAGCGCACUGAUCGAUGCUUACUCAAAUGCUGAAUUUCUUGAUAUAUCCAGGAAGGUGUUUGAACUGAAUGAGAAUACACAUUUGCCUGGACAUCUAUCGUAUCGGCUGUUGCAGCUCAUGGAGAUAUUACAGAGGCUCUGGCCCUGUUCAAUCAGAUGGUCAGUACAAGGCGCUAGGCCUGAUAUUGUAACUUUCACUGUUGUGCUUAAUGCAUGUUCUCAUGUGGGCAAGGUAGCCGAAGCUCAUGAUUUUUUUCACUCCAUGCAAACCGUGUUUGGUAUCAGUCCUGUGAUGGCGCAGUACACUUACAUGGUUUCUGUGCUCAGCCGUGCUGGUAUGCUUAAGGAUGCACUUGAGCUUGUAAACAAGAUGCCUGUUGAGCCAAAUGCAAGGGUCGGGGUGCCUUGUUUAGUGGAGCAGCAGCAGCAGCUGUUGAUUUUGAGCUUGGUCGGUUUGUGUUUGAUCGACUCUUCGUAAUUGAGCCUAAGAACACAGGUAACUAUAUUGUUGGCUAAUCUAUACACAAAUGCGGGAAAAUGGGAAUAAGCUUAAAUCAUAAGGAGCAUGCUGUGGGGAAUUGGAUUGGAGAAAGUUCCUGCUUGUAGAUGGAAUUGAGUAGAUCUAUGGUCUGCUAGGAUUUUUUUUCCGAUAAGGAGUCUGCUAGGAUUAGUUGCCGCAGAUACAUUGUUGGCAAAGCGGGCAGCAUAAACUUAAAUUCGGGGUUGAGUUUAUAUACCAGAGUCUGGCAUCAACCUAGCAGUUUAAUGAUGACAUUCAAUAGAUCUAACAGUUGAGAUGUGAUUAUCAAGCCUCAUAGUGUACCAGCAUUUUGGAGUUACCUGACCACUGUAAUCUGCACCCAAUUGUCAAUCAUAUGUUCUGGUGGGAUAUUGUUUGGUCAUCUCCGUCCUGGGUUUCUCCUGAGGUUUUCGGUCCGCAUUGUCUGUUGAGCACCAUUCCAUCAUCACGGAUUGUAACUUUAUUUUGGAUACUGAAAUAUUCA